CAGACACGGUCAUCACCGCCACUGAAAAAAUGUGACACCUACUAUAGCGACUCGCCAUCACUGCUCCUAAACUGAUGGAUGACAUACUCGAACGACCUCAAUCACAUCCAAAAUCACCCGGGGAUCAUGCCGGAGAUGAGGAGCAGUCGUCGGGCGACGAGGACGGUGGACUGGACUGGACGAAGCUUCCGAAAUAUGCCUCAGCACGCCCAGUGAUUCCAAAGAGAGGAGAAAAGGAUUUCGAACCAGCACAUGGACAUGGCUCUGGGUUGCAGCUGCACAUCCUCGACCGGGCGCGCGGUGCCAUGUUCGAGGCUCUUCGAGCAGAACGCAGCAUUUCGAGCAAAUCUGUAAGUUAUGGUAUUUGGUAUCCUUCCAUCGCGCGGGUACACGUCGUAACAUCACGCGGCGUGCACUUCGCGAACAUGGGACACUCAAUUUCUCAACCCGAGUUGGAGUUGCCGAAGAAUUCCAAGACUCAAAAGCGCCUCGAACUCCUCCCAGAAGAAUCUAUUUAUCUAAUCGAGCGCGGGGCAUUGUUCUGCUACAAGAGUAUACCAGAUAAUUCAUCUCAUUUAAACCUAGUAAAUAUCGAGGAGACAAGCCCGGGCGCGCCAAUGACUGUCCAGCAGGCAUACACUGAAAUGAUCGGCCGUGAAGAUAUGACACUGGAACGUUACCAGGUGUACGCUUAUCUGAAGCGUCUCGGCUUUGUCCUGAGGCGCGCAGAACCUCCUACGCCAGAUUUCCCUGUUGCUCCGUCUCCAUUGCAUUCCCUACGUCCUGCGACGGGGGCUCCGAACGUAUGGCAAAGGAUCUCCAUAUUGUUCUCGAACCUCGUUUUGAAGAUUUUGAGCGCCGUCGGCUUGGUGUUUCAUAGAGGUCCAUGGGGACCCCUUAUGUUUCGUGGCAUCAAGUCGAGUGGUGACAUAUUCAAAGCUCUACGUUUUCUUCCGUGCGGUCAUAGUACCCCAUUGUGCAACUGCUCGAGAAUAGACGAGGGAGCUACAGCAGUAUCAUCACCUCUUUCGACGGCCUUAUCUUCUUCCCCUUAUAGCAUCUUCUUCCACGUGUACAAACCCUCCACGCCAUUCCGCAAGACUGCCCCACCACCACCAGAUUUUUACCUGGUAAUUAUAAACGCACGUACGACCGCUAUGCCUAACUUGUAUGAGCUUACGGCCCUCUUCGAGGGUCUUCCGGAGAUGCCUCUUCCACCACCGCGGAAGCGGAGAACUCAAACCGCCGCCAAGGAGGCGAAUAAUGCUACAGUGGCCAACGCAUCUCCUGAACUCCCAGCACCACCCAUUUCACCACCACGGACGUUGAUUCAAUACUUACUCUCUUAUCUUCGAUUGAAGUCCCACACAACAGCGGUACCGUCGCCUGAUGUUUCCCGCAACCUGGCCCCUCCUAAGCCAAAUCCGUUUGUACGUCUCAAAGCUGGGAAGAAAUCAGUUGUUGUUGCUGCCGUGGAUUCGGGAAACAUUAGCUUCUUCAGAUUUGGCGAGGGAGCCUUCCAUGACUGGCCCAUGAUAUGAUGAGCAGGGUAAAUGUAUCGACUGAGCCAACA